AUGGGUGCUCUCAAUAACAUCCUGGAGCCUGGAGCUAUUGUUGCCAUUUUAACCGUCGGAGCCUGGGUCAAUCGAAAGAAGAAACCACUUAGUAGCUAUGAUGAAACUCGUCCAUUGCUGCGAGAGGACAAUCCAGCAGAAAGAGGAACUAGUUGCCAUGUUGAAGCUCGCUAUGCCAGAAACAAGCAAUACAUUCAUUCUCGAGUAUUGGAGCGGUUUCCGUUUCUUCUAGAGAUCUGGUACUGGCUGCUGAUUUACUGGAUAUACCAAGGCUGCAGGGCUAUCUCUGCCCGACUCAUCUCGGGAAACGAAACCAUCUUUGAGAAUGCCGAGGCCCAUGCGAUUCAAAUCCUGACCCUUGAAGAUAUCCUGUCUAUCGACAUCGAGCUCUCCGUUCAAAGAUUUGUUCUGAAUCGAUAUCCAUGGAUGAUGGAUAUUCUGGCCGACAUCUACUACUCACAUAUUGUGCUCGGCGUCGCAUUUCUUGUGUACUGCUAUACUUUCCUCUCUCGGGAACGCUAUCAAGGUAUCCGACGUACGUUGGCCCUAGAGAACGUCAUUGCAUUUGCUAUUCUGUCGCUGUGGCGAUGCAAGCCACCACGUCUCCUCCCAGAGGAGUUUGGGUUUGUUGAUGUGCUUCAUCGAGGCAACUCGGGUUCUGCAUGGACACAGAAUAAGUUUCAACUGACCAUUGCGGCGAUGCCCUCCUUACAUUUUGGCAACUCGGUCCUCAUUGCAUUCUGUUUGGCAAUGUAUAGUCCGCACUGCUUGCUUCGCUGCGUGGCGACCCUCUGGCCUGUGAUGAUGGGAGUGACCGUCGUUGCGACUGCGAAUCAUUUUAUCCUCGAUGCGGUGGUGGGGGUCACAGUUAUCAUCCUAGCAUUCCGUUUCAACGAGGUAAUGUUGAUUCUCUUGCCAGUGGAAAGAGGAUUUCUGAGGUUACUCCGAUUGGAGAAGCCUCGGGACGAGCACACGACCUCGGGAACUAGAGUGCCAAGGUGGUAG